GUGUUUCAUCUGUUCUCGGAAUUUUUUCACUAUGUGCAGCACGUCAGAAGCUAAUUAAAAAAUUGUCAAAUACUUGAAGCAAUUUAGAUUUCUCGCUUCGUUAUCUCAUAAUAUUUAAGUCGUUUGUUCCGAAUUACUGCAGCCAUGCUCAUUCCUUCGGCGACAAUAUGACAUGAGUCGAGACAAUGUCUUCGACAAUGUCAGCGACGCUGCUGAUCCUGCUGUCGCUCGCAUUCGCCUCGAAUGGCUGUAGCUUCGGCAAGCGCGACAGAACGCGCACUCAUCAUCGAAGCGACGACAAAUGUGUCUGUACCACCGCCGUUCGCUACAAUCCACUGACGGAUGCGAACGUAACCAUCGAUCCCCAUUGCGACUGCAGAUCGUCCGGCUUUGGGGUGGUGCGGAUGAUCCCGUACGGGACCUGCGUCGCCGCAGAUGCAUGCGGCAUAACGCACGUGGAUCUGUCCUCCGCGUGCGUCAGAUGCGGCAUGUGCGUGGCCGUCGCCGAGGAGGUUCGCGGAAUUUCAAAUAUCUUAUAUUUUGGACAGCUUAUGAUAAAUAAAUAUAUUAAUCAAACUCUGCUGGAGAUUCACGACAUGAUGGCACCUGACGACUGGCUAAACGAAACGGAGAUUGUGCUUCUUCUAAGAACAAUUUGCGAUCAUUCUUUUCGACACUAUGGGUUGCGCGAAAUCGAUGGCAAAAGAUUUAUCUCUGAUCCGUUACCGGGUGACAGGCUCGUCGCUUCGUCCGCCGAUGGGUUGUGGGAGAAAAAUUUGAGAAAUAUGUGUCACAACUAUCUCAAUGAGAUACAAGAAGUACAAUUGUAUAGAAAUUGGAAAGAGUGGUGCGAGGAUGACGAGCACAUUCCUAAUCUGGAAGAUAUCCUUUGCAGAAACGAGAUUAGCAGCCUACGAGAUUGCAGAGGUAUAGGCAAUGUAUACAGGCGACAACUAUCUACGAAGAUUUUUAGUGCUCGCGUGAAGCUUUUAGCCGAAUAUAUAUAAUAAUUUUAAGUGGUCAUGUAUAUUUAAAUCAUGUAUAUUUUUGAUUAUACAAAAAAAUAUUACCUAUUAAAUAUUAUGCAUAUUUAAUGUACUAUUUGACAUGAUAUUUUUAUUUUUAUGUUACAACUGAAAUGAAAACAAACAUUUGU